AUGAAGGGAGAAAGGAGGCAGGGAGAAAAGAGAAAAAGAAGAAGAGCUUUUGGAGAUGUCGCCUUCUUCACUUUUUUUCGCCGAAGAGCUGGAACAUACAACGUUGCUAAAGCUGAGAAAGUGAACCUUGAGGCGGGAUCGUUUCUGAGACUUACUGAUGAGCUCCAUGAUCAUCAAGAAUCUCCAGCUUCUGAAGUCCUCUCUGCUGUAGAAGAGCAGCUGGAGCAGGACAUCCUCCAACAUCAGGACAUCCACACUCCAGUUAGUUUGACUGAAGAGGACAAAGCGGAAGAGCUGGACAAGGAUCAGACUUCUCUACAACACAUCCCUAUUGUAGAGAUCCACGAUCUUCAUGAAGCUCCAACCUCUGAAGUCCUCUCUGCUGUAGAAGAACAGCUGGAGCAGGACGUCCUCCAACAUCAGGACAUCCACACUCCAGUUAGUUUGACUGAAGAGGACAAAGCGGAAGAGCUGGACAAGGAUCAGACGUCUCUACAGCAAAUUGUAGAGAUUCAUGAUCUUGGAGAAGCUCCAGUCUCUGAAGUCCUCCCUGCUCCUGAGGAACAGCUGGAACAGGACGUCCUCCAUCCUCUCUGCUGUAGAAGAACAGCUGGAGCAGGACGUCCUCCAACUUCAGGACAUCCACACUCCAAUCAGACGUCUCUACAGCAAAUUGUAGAGAUUCAUGAUCUUGGAGAAGCUCCAGUCUCUGAAGUCCUCCCUGCUCCUGAGGAACAACUGGAGCAGGACAUCCUCCAACCUCAGGAUGCCCACACUCCAGAUAGCUCCACUGGAGAAGAUGAAGCAGAGGAGGCAGACAACAGCCACAUUUUUUGGCAAUAUGAAUUCGGCCACAAGCUGGGUGAAGGAGGCUAUGUGCAUGCAGGAACUCGAUGCAAGGACGGCCUGAAGGUGGCUGUGAAAAUUGCUGACAAGACACCAGAUAUGCCAUAUAUCAGAGUUCCUGGUCAUCCCAAACGGCUCCCCAUAGAGAUCGGCCUGACACUCAUGGCCAAUAAGGGCCCCAGUGUUUCACAGAUAAUUAAACUCCUGGACUGGCAGGACGACCCGGACCACUACGUCAUGGUCUUGAAGCGGCCCAUGCCUAGCAUGAGCAUGUUUAACUUCGUGAAGCUCCGACAAAGGCUUGAUGAGAAGAUGGCACGACAUGUUAUGUGGCAGGUCAUUCAUGCCACUAACAUUUGCUGCGAGCGUGGCGUUUUCCAUCGUGAUAUAAAACUGGAGAACCUCCUGGUGAACCCGGACACGUUGGAGGUCAAGUUGAUCAACUUCGGGUGCGGCACGCUCAUGAAGGACUCCGCCUACAUGGCCUUCAAUAGCACAAAAACGUUCUGUCCACCGGAGUUUGAUGUCGACGGCAGGUACCACGCAAAGCCGGCGACAGUUUGGUCAUUAGGGUUCCUGCUGUUCGUGAUGUUGUACGGGUAUUAUCCAGAUGACAAAGACCUGCAGAGGCUCAGUAAGAAGGACUGGUCUGAACCUGACCUGUCACAAGAAUGCUGCCAGAUGAUCUGCGAUUGUCUGCAGCCUGAUCCGCAGCAGAGACUUAUCCUGGAGGAGAUGCAGCUCCAUGACUGGUUUAUGGUCAUGGAGUAA